UGAAACAUAAUGUUUUGUCCAGUAAGAUUUUACAAUUUAUUCAUUUUCUCUCCGCCAUUACAGAUACAUUAAAUCACGACGAUCUGUACUGAUUAUCAACCUCUGUGUGUCUUUGUCCGUUGCCUACUUGUUGUUCCUAACAGCUGGAAACCAAACUAACAAUGAGACCGUGUGUACUAUCAUUGCGGCUCUUCUCCAGUACUUUUUCCUUGCCAUGUUUUGUAUGAUGUUUGCCCUGGGCAUUGAUCUGGCAGUUGCCAUACUUGAUGUUUUCAGUAGCAGAUCUAGUUCUGCUCUUUUACUACUACUGGGCUGGGGACUACCAGCUGCUAUCGUGGGAAUCACUCUCGGAGCAACAGAACUACAUGACAUAGGAAAUGAAACGUUUUGCUGGCUGAGGAACAGUGCUCUUUAUGGAUUUAUUGUCCCUGCCAUGAUAAUUAUUUUGGUAAAUUUUGUCAUCGUUGUCAUGGUAAUGAAAACAAUGUUCUCCUCCUCUUUUAUGGUGAAAAAGUCUGUGAAAGAAAAGGCAAUAAGCGGGGUUCGAGGAAUGAGUGCAUUGUUACCUGUACUUGGGUUGACUUGGGUUUUUGGAAUUUUAUCGAUAGAUAGCAGUACAAUUGUUUUCAAAUAUUUAUUUGCCAUAUUUAACUCUUUACAAGGCCUUUUUAUUUUCCUAUUUCAUGUAUUAAUGAACAAUCAGGUUCGGCAAGCCAUGUCAAGAAAAAUUAGAAAAUAUGAAUCAAGAACAUUAACGACUCGAACGUCCAAGAACAAAUUAGUUUCAAAAUCGAGUUCUAAAGACUUAUACAGUGAAGAGGAAUUCAAAGAGAUACGAAAACACUCAGAGGGAUCCAUUAUACCAAGGAUAAAAUUACCGACCCCUGUUCGAUGGGGAAAAUCGACGCCAUGUUAAAAUUUCUUAUAAUGCAUUUUGAUACUCUUUUUGCAUUAUCAUCAAUUAAUAUGUGAUUUUGGACUCUUUUAAAGAAGAGGAUAUGAACGUAGUGAA